AUGUGUGUGUGUAUCUAUAUCUGUAAUCGUACCAUUUCAGGAAAACCAAAGAUCUACCAAGGUGUCCGUGUCAAGAUUACCGUGAAGGAGCUUCUGCAGCAGAGGAGAGCCAAGCAGGCCGUGAUGGCAGACGAUACCGGCUCUGAAUCCCCAGACACAUCUGAUCCCAGCGGCUUGCUCGACUACAGCUACUCGCCGCCCCAGCUGCCGCCUUUCGCGCCACUCAGUUACGGCUCUCCGUCUCCUCCGGAAGCCAGAAGCUGCAUGUUCGCCCCUUCGGACGGCGGCCCCUUCGCACCGGACUGCCACGGACUGUACCCUCCCGCCUCGCCCACGUGCUGCUGCCCUUCUUGCGGCUCCCAGCACUUGGACAUGCUCAGAGUCCCGGAAUAUUUCCCCAGCACGACUGUGGACUGCAUGGACUAUGCCCCCUCAGUCUCUGCGGCAGACGACUUUUUCCGGAGGGACCGGAGCUGGCACAGCUGCUGCAGUUAA